AUGAAUUUAAGAAAAUGGGAUGGUGCUGCGGGACGAUCAACUGAUUGGGAUGGUUUGAGAAGGGUCCAGGAUCCUGACUUAUGGUACGAAGAUGGGAACUGUCUCGUUUACCUAUACGAAAGGGGUCAAUCGAGGAGAGGCCCGGCUUUUAAGAUCCCAAUGGAUGCUCUUCUCCAAGCAAAGUGUCAGCCUUUGCUCGACCGUUUUCUGGCAGGCACUCUACAAGGGUCACCAAGCUCCAAGACAAGCAAUGUCAUAUGUUCCAACCAAGACAGAGACAGGGUAUACGAGCUUUAUAUUCCAGCUCCUCCAUAUGUCGACCGUGAAGAGGCUUUCCUGUACCACACUGCGACACGCAAUUUCUUCGCUUGGAUCUUUCGAAGGUUUUUGGUUGGGGUCCACCUCGGUGGAGCUCUUGUUGGACUCUUGAACAGCAUGAACCAAUUCAGGUCUACAGGAGAAGACAAUACACAGGGCAUAAUCGACUACAUGAACGAAGAGGGCUACUCAGAUAUGCGCAACACGCCCGACCAUGCUCUUGGAGUCAUCUAUCUCGCUGAGCAGUUUAGGCUCAGGGACUUGUGGUUAGAUGCUUUUGCGCACUGCGCUGGCAUGCAUGAGAAACUGAUUAUCAGUCCUGGAUUUGAGUUCAUGGCCAGAAAGACACGUGCCCUUAUCACCCGAUCCCGUUUCGAAAUGGACGCCCGGCUUGACCAAUACGGAACAAGACUCAGCUCUUUCCUUUGGGAUGAGUUGUCCGAUGCCCAUCUGGGAUUCUCCUCUGCUGCUCGAGCCCAUCUCAAUAAAUUCAGAUCCUUUCUCCAUUCUUACCACAAAGAAAAGUUGGGAUGCUAUCCCCCGGCCUGCGAAUAUGGUCGGACUUCCUUUCCAAAACACAUCUAUGCUCAGAUGUGCACCGAAUUCCAAAAUUUGUACGAAUAUCUCGUAGAUAAGUCACGGAGACCUGCAGACUCUAUUACGCUUAUUCAACGAGGAGGGGUCUGUGUGCUACAGAGUGUUCAAGCUUUUGACCAGCGCAAUAAGUAUCAGCCGCUAGACUAUCCAUUGCCUCUCCUUCCCAAAUCGGGAGACAAAUCAGGCCCUCCACUGAAAAGACGUUACACCAUCGCUGCCAGGGGAGACAAGAUGAAGUCUAAUCCGAGACUUGUCACACUUGCCCAUCUCGUCAUAGCCACUAACGGACAAGAUCAAGCUGUUCUCGAUUGCACGCUCGUCCGAGCCUAUAAGGGUUUCGAAGAACAUUGUGUUUUCUACCCUACGAAAGGAGACAGGAACGAGAAGCUUUCUCAAACAGAUGCACGGAAAGUCCGCUGGAUUCUGAUCUACUCCAUCUUGCAGACUCUUCUGUCUGCAACACUCGCGCCUAGAGAGGUCCGCGAUACGCACAACGUGCCUUACAACAUCUGUGUGAUCACUGCAGGAUGCCCACCAUGGAAGGUGCAUCCUCAUGAGGCAUCUUUCCGUUCACAGGCCAUCCAGACGAAGGUAGACUUUAAGGCUGUAAUAAAGCAGUCUCCGACUGAGCGCAUUGCACCCACUCUAUCAGAAGUCAAGCCUGAUAUUGACUGCUUCGCCAUCACACACGCUAGACAGAACAGCGCCUGCUCCUCCCCUAUGAGCUCGUCAAGCAAGGGUACUAUCCAAACAGCACUCGGCACGCUAGGAAACAUGCCAGAGCUCUAUCCUACUAAUCCCCAACGAGCUUUGUACCACGAAACACUCGUUCAUGUAUACGGUAACAACACUCUCGCCAGUACACACACGAGUAGCGUGAGUAUCAAUGCUGCGCGCGCAGCUACCGUUUCGGAAGAGCACCGCCGCAAGAACUCCUCUGAAUCAGGAUACUCGUCCGAGAACGAUACCUUUUCACGAUGGUCGAACGAUUCUAGAUGCGCUAACGACAGCCCGGGGACAAGUCCAUCUAACAGUCUUCGAGGCUCAGAUCCUAACAUCGGGAUCUCGAGGAAGUCGAUCAAGAACUUCCUUGACACUCCGAUCAGUGUUCUGGGUUUGUUGAGGAGGCUGAGUAGCAUAUACGACGAAGAUUUGCUGCAGCCCAGUCCCCUGAAGUUGAAGAACAGCGAGUUUUUUGUAUAA